AGAGAGAGAGAGAGAGAGAGAGAGAGAGAGAGAGACGAGGAUAUUUCACGAGCAAUUAAUUGGUUUUUGCAGCGGAUAUCGAGCGCAGGUAGAGCAGGAGAAAGAAAGAGCGAAAGAGAGGAGUGAGUGCGUGAGUGAGUGAGAGAGAGAGGGGAGACGGGAAGACACUUUCUCUGAAGUUGAAUCCAUUUCAAACCUUUAUUUUUUUAAUUUGUCAAACUGGCGGAACCGUCCGUGUUUGGAUAGAAGCUGCUGAGAUAAACAAACUAAAGUUCGGCGCCGUAAAUGUGGUGACGUUUACCGGACGGAGUGGCGGUGACAGAGAAGAAGAAAACCCAACCAAGAGCCGAGCUGUCAAACCCGAUGACUACUGCAAACUGCCCCGGGAAUGAGGAGCUGGACUUCAGAUUGAUCUUCGGAGAGGACGGACAGCCUUUAGGCCCCGCAGAUCUGGAGCCUGACAACAACACAUCGUUUUAUAUCCUAAAUGUAGGCCAACCUCAGUCUAUGGUCACUAACCACCAGUCUAUUAGCUUGCCUUGUCAUGGUAUGCAGUCCCACUCCCAGAUCAUCAGCACCUCCCCACGCCAUCAUACCCACAAACCUCCCUCUGAGCUGCCAAGCUAUGAGGCACAAGACAAGUACAGUAGUUCCCCCCUCUUGCCCCCUGUUCCUGUGGAGACACCUAAGGCCUUUGAGUGCCCCAGUAUACAGAUCACAUCUAUCUCACCUAGCUGCCAGCAGGAGAUGGAUGCCAGUGAGGAGAGUCAGAGGGCAAAUGGCCCUGAUGGAGAUUACCAUGGUGACAGACCCAUGUCUAGAGACCACCUGUAUUUACCCCUGGACCAUUCAUACAGGGAGUCUUCACUCAGUCCUAGUCCAUGCAGCAGCCUCUCCUCCCGGAGUUGGUUCUCUGACGCCUCCUCCUGUGAAUCCUUCUCCCAUGUUUAUGAUGAUGUUGACUCAGAGCUAAAUGAGGCAGCUGCUCGUUUCACCCUUGGUUCUCCACUUACUUCUCCAGGCUGUGCCUCCCCUCAAGCUAGCAGUGGAGUUUUGGAGGAACAGCCCCAAUGGCAGCACCAACACCCUGCCUUUGUCCACCACUCCCACUCCAUCAGUUUGUCACCCCGACAGUCCCCAUGCCACUCCCCACGCACAAGUGUCACUGAUGAAAACUGGCUUAGUCCACGGCCGCCUUCAAGGCCUUCAUCACGACCCACCUCACCUUGUGGGAAGAGGCGUCACUCCAGUGCUGACAUCUGCUACCAGGGUUCAUUGUCACCACACCACUCACCUACAGCCACACCAGGGCCUUCGCCCAGGGGCAGUGUGACAGAGGACACCUGGCUUGGCAGUCCUCUAGGCAUGUCACCCUUCCAGUGCUGCCCAUCUGAGGCAGACAUCCCAUCCAAAACUAGGAAGACCUCCCAGGACAGAACAGUUAUGCAGGCUGGGAAAGGGGACCGUAGUCUAGAUGACCAAGGGAAUAUGUCCCCUAAUCUAGACUCUCCUUCGGAGGACACCAUGCAUGGUCUGAAGAAAGAUGGGUCUGGGGAGCAUUUCCUCUCUGUGCCCUCCCACUUCACAUGGAAUAAACCAAAGCCUGGUCACACACCUAUAUUCAGGACUUCUUCACUGCCUCCUCUGGAUUGGCCACUGCCAAAUCAGUUUGGCCAGUACGAACUUAAGAUAGAAGUACAACCCAAGGCCCACCACCGAGCACAUUAUGAGACUGAAGGCAGCAGAGGAGCUGUCAAAGCAGCAUCCGGCGGCCACCCAGUCAUCAAGCUCCUUGGCUACAGCGAAAAGCCCGUCAACCUGCAGAUGUUCAUUGGGACAGCAGAUGACCGUUACUUACGACCGCACGCCUUCUACCAGGUGCACAGGAUCACCGGAAAAACUGUGGCCACAGCCAGUCAAGAAAUUAUGGUCUCUAGCACCAAAGUUCUUGAAAUUCCUCUCCUGCCUGAAAACGACAUGUCGGCCAGUAUUGACUGUGCUGGCAUCCUUAAGCUGCGGAAUUCAGACAUUGAGCUGCGGAAGGGGGAGACGGAUAUCGGUAGAAAGAACACACGGGUCCGGGUGGUGUUCAGGGUGCACAUCCCUCAACCCAAUGGGAAGGUGCUGUCCCUGCAGGCUGCCUCAAUUCCUGUGGAGUGCUCUCAGCGCUCGGCUCAAGAGCUGCCCCAGGUUGAGAAAUCAAGCCUAACCAGCUGUCUCGUCAACGGGGGAGAAGAGAUGGUCAUCACAGGUUCCAACUUCUUCCCAGAAUCCAAGGUCAUCUUCUUGGAGAAAGGUCCCGAUGGACGACCACAUUGGGAAGUUGAGGCAAAAGUCAUUCGAGAGAAAACUCAAGGAUCGUGCAUCGUGGUGGAGGUCCCUCCUUACCACAGUAAGACUGUGGGCUCAGCGGCACAGGUGCAGUUUUAUGUCUGCAAUGGCAAGCGGAAAAGGAGCCAAUCACAACGCUUCACCUACCUGUCAGUCGUGGUAAAACAGGAGCACAGAGAUGAUUUGGACCUUCCUGCGGUACCGUCCAUGUCCCUGACACACUCUGCCGGUCUGGUGCACACGCAGCUGCCUUCUCCUGAGCAGGGCCACCCAGCGGACAGCCUUCUGUCUAGCUCUCCUCAUGCACUGGCCACGGGAUCUGGACCUGGCUUGCUACCCCUGCACGCCCCUGGCCCUGCCCUGGGCUCCCCAUCUUUCCAGCACCUGCCUCAUCUCCAGGGUUGCAGUUUGCACCACCCCCCUGCAGACUGCCACAUGACGUUCCACCCGAGCACUGCUUCUGCUCCUCCUCUUCCUGCUCCUUCUCAGCCCUGCUACCAGCCAAUGCAGCACAGCCAUAGCCUACAUUUUAAUGGCCAGCCCAGCCUUCCUCCUCAGGGCUAUGAUAGGAUGUCCUUUCAGCAGAGCCCCACUGCACCAUCACAUCCAAUGGGCAUGGGGAUGAUGUACCCAACCUCACCCUGCUCUUCCCCCACUGCUCCCUCCUCUUCAACCACCAAUCCCAGUACUGGGUCUUCCCAGAGCCAACAGCCCCUGCUCGCUCCCUCAUCCCCACACCUCCAUACGCUUGGAGGCUACCACUGCCCCCCUAACCCCACUCAGGUGCCUGCACCUGUUUGCCACGUCCUUGUGGGGCCGCACUCUUCCCAAAUGCAGAGGGCAAUGGCAUACCACCCAGUAAGUCAGAGGUCAGCUUCCUGCCCCACACCCUCCAGUGCCCCUCCUCCUCGGAUGAUCUCUUCUCCCCACUCUGGACCCUCUUCCCCUCAGCUUCACUCACUGCCCUACCAGUCUCCCACAUCAUCGUCCCCCACCUCUGGUGGCAGUCCUCUGGGACCCCUGCAACAGCAGCAUUCAGGGCAACCGUCUCCGCAGGCUACGAGCCCCGUCAUGACCAGCCUGUCCCCCGCAGCGGCUGGGCCUCUGGUUCACCCUCUGAGCCCUCAGGUACCCUUCUCUCCUGAUGGAGAGAACCUAAACAUCAAACAGGAGCCAGAGGACAGGGAACCCACUUUCCGCUCCAUCGGCUUACAGGACAUCACACUGGAUGAUGUAAAUGAGAUCAUUGGCAGAGACAUGUCACAGUCCCCGAACACUCACGCUGCUCCGUCAACGAACAGCCACUCGUAGCUCUUCGCUCACUCAGGCAUUGAGCCGCCGUCCUCUCUAAACCCCAUGACAAUCAUCUGUCUCCAACCAGGUUGUGGUCCUGACUCUGUGGGCUGUGGCACGCGAGAAGAGCAGUAACCAGGACCGUGGUUGAAGGCAGAACAUGGCUUAUGGGCAUGUUACCACCAGCUGGUUAAGAAGACGGAUGUCUGCUCAGACUACUUUUUAAAAUGAACACUUUUUUGUGCAGCGAUCAACAACAGAAAGCCGCGUGAGGAAUAAGGAAUGAGAAUGUGUUUGCCUCUUCGCCCUCAGGCCUGCGCUCAAGCGUUUAGCCUGUUUGCUCUUAAUGCACAGAAGCUGUCACGAACACACGUCUGACUCACUCCCAUUUCAAAUCUCCAACUGGUUGAUCUCCAAAAAGUAAUCUUCUUCAAUUAGUCAAACAUGUUCUCUGCUUUAAUGUUGAAGAUACGACUGUCUCCUCGCUGGGUACUUUUGAAAGGUCAGAAAAUAAAAGAGAUAAAUAUUUUGGCCUGCAGGGCAGGAGGAGCUCCUCUGGUGCUGCACCGGGAUCUCCAACCUGCAACAUUCCAUAAGUUUGAGUCACCAUCCAGCCGUGUAGAUAUUUGUACAUGACUUCUGUCUGCUGUUUUGCUCUCUUCUUUCUUUUGAUGCCUCACCCUUGUUUUUUUUCUGCAAGUUGAACAAAUGCCUUAUUAACAUUUAGGAGCUUUGAACGGUAGAAAAAGCUUUUUGUUGUUUUGCACAACACGCUUUUAUUUCAUUUUUAUCCUUUGUUACUAAGUGCAAAUGGAGGAAUUUCGGAAUGGAUUCCUUUUGCAUUUCCGUCCAUCCGUCCGUUUGUUCAUUUGUCCGCCUGUGCCUCCGUCCAGAUCAUACAAAACAAGCUACGACAUAAAAUACUGAAAUGAAAUUUGGCAGGUUUCUCAUUUUGUAGUCAUCUGGAAUGAGUUUAAAAGAAGAUGUGUGUGCAUUUAUAUUUGACAGUGCAUCUUCCCUCCCAUUGGCUUGGCUGGGCGGCCGUCUGCUCUGGCAGCGACUGCUGUUCACUCGUUCUGAAUGUGCUUCACGCCAAAGGCAGCUGCGUUCAGAACACAUUAAAUAGCUUUGUUGUGAAAGGGUAACACCAACACUCAAGCUAACAGUAACAUGACGCAGAUAAGCUAACUUUAUCAUUAAGAGGUAAAGCUACAGUGUGUAGGAUUUGGGGGUAUUUCUUGGCAGAAAAGGGGAAUAACAUUCACGACCAUCUGUUCAUUGACGUAUGAAUCCUUCAUAUCUACAUGGGAGCGGGCCCCCUCAUGGAAGCGGGCCCCCUCAUGGAAGCCACCAUGACAGCAGCCCAGAAGCCACAUACUUACUCAGUGUUUUGCAUUUUGCAACAUAGUCAGAAGGAAAAAAGAGGAAUAAGUGAUUGCUCCCCUAUACACUGUCUACUGGUUGCUUUUCUUUUCUUUCUUUCUUUUUUUUCAAAUUGCUGAUUGUGCUUAUUUUGUAUCACAACAGAAGGAUCGAGAAGAUGAAUCCCCUCGGUAAAAGAAGCAAAAACAUGAAGUAAACAAAAUCAUGACCAGCGACAGCAUAUUGCAAUCUGCAGUCUUACCACUAGAUGACACUAAAUCCUACACACUGUAGCAUUAAAGUUAAUACAUUUUUAUCUUGACAUUAUUUAGGAAUACUGAAUGUUUAAAUUUCAUUCUGUCAUAUGGGCUCUGAAGUAGUCCUCCAUGUUUAGCAGUAAGACAAACUACAGCUCUAACUGCUGAAUGGAAUUUAAGUAUUGCAUAAUUAAAAGGCUGCACAUGAUUUCACUGAGGCUGAACUUAUGAGAAUGAAAUCCUGUGGUAUCGGAUAUUUGCAAGGAAAUAGUUUUGUGAUUGGGGCGGAGGAUAGAAUUUUACAAAUUUUCAUUAUGAUAGGAAAUCAGUAUUGUGCAAACGUUUUAUUUACAGUUUAAAGUCCUUAAAAAUUCAAAUUCAAAAGACAAUAAAUAGUCAGCACUUAUAAUAAGUAAAAUAUGUGACCACUUUUGACCUUUAAAAUUUCUGAGUUUCUUACAUUGUCUAUUCAGUCAUUUUCUGCAAUCUGCAAAAAAAUUGGAUUAUCAACUGAUCAUCUGCAGCUGCUGUUGUCUUGUAACGUAUUAUAUAGUACGUAUAUCUACAAAGAAUUUUUAACACGAGUUUUGCAGUUUGCACUUUAAUGUCACCUUUGAUUUGGGGGUGGAGUGGUUGGAAUAUGAGUGUUUGGACAUGUCCUGAUGAUAAGCAAAACCAAACAAGUGUAUCGAUAUUUGGGGUGCCUAAAACCUUUGCACAGUACUGUAUCUGUAAAAAGUACAGUCAUAAAAAGAUUGUACUUUUUAUGACUGAUUCUAGUUUUCCUUUAAGGUAAAAGGCGGACCCUGAGAUGUUGUCCUUAGAUGAGACGGUUUGUUUGAUGACCAAUCCACAUCCUGAAGACAUUACAUUUCUACAGAUGUAGCAAAAGCGAGAAGGAGCAAAUGCUCACAUUUGAAUGAAUGAAUUUAUUUAUUUUUUUAUUUGGCACACAGAAUAU